AUGGCACAUGAAUAUAAUGAAGGUCGUUUACCUAUACAUGAAGCUGCAUUUCGUAAUUAUGAUACUGUUGUUGAACGAAUUUUAGCUAAUCUAUGUUCAAAAGAUGGAAAUAAAAAUAAUGAAAAUGAAGAUCAUCGAUCACAAGAAGAAAAAGAACGUGCUAAUCUUCUUCAUCAAGCACGUAUACAAGAAAUGGUUGAAACAACAACAUAUGAUUAUUUUCGUUUAACACCAAUAUUAGCAGCAACAGUUGGUAAUGCACGUCGUACUAUUGAAUGUUUAAUAAGUCAUGGAGCUAAAGUCACAAGUCGUGAUGGUGAAAAUCGUUCUAUGGCUGCAAUAGCUAUUUUAAAACAGAAUGUUGAAUUAUUACUAUAUUUUUCCCAAGCACCCUAUGCAAAUGAACUUGACAUAUGGAAUACAUUAAUGAAUAUGUUUACUUCGAAAAUAUCUGAUGAAUCAUCAGCGGCAGGACGUAUACUUGAACAAUUAACAGCACCGAAAUAUAUAAAAAUUGCAUGGUCAUAUCUUUAUAAUUUACGUCUCGUAGAAAAAACUAUCCAAGUACUUAUUCAAACUGUUAAUAAUAAUACUAAUUUUAAUGAACAAUUAUUAACAAGUUGUUUAAUUAUACUUUAUAAUCUUUUAUGUAUUGACCCAAAUAUUCGUUCAACAUUUAAUCAAAAUGAUGAAGCAGCACGUGCAUUUGUACAAAUGCCAAAAACAACGGAUACACUUUCAUUACUUUUUUCUCAAAUCGUGUGUCAUUUAUGUGAUGAUAUACGUUGUAUUCAAUCAUUUGUUAAUCAAAAUUUAAUUAGUAAUUUACAAAUUUUAUUAGAUCAAGAUACAAUGAAUAUUCCGAAAACUGAAGCUUGUCUUUAUUUUGAUAUUCUUGGUAAAAUAGCUCGUUGUAAAACAGAUUAUCAAAUUUUAAUACAAAAAUCUUCAGCAACUGAACGAACUAUACUUGAACAAGGUAUUCAUUUACUUGACAAAUAUGAUCGUCAAUUAACAAUAUCAGUUCUUCAUUUUAUUCGUGAAUUAUGUUUACAAAAUGAUCAACAUCAACAAAUAUGUGCAGAUAAUCGUUUAUUAAUUGCACAUUUAUUAAAUGCAUUAAAUUCAUCCUUUAGAGAUGUCCAACGUUCAAGUGUAGAUACACUUCAAAUGAUUGUUACUCAUAAUACAGCAUCCCAAUUAACACUAUUACAACAAGGUGGUGCUGAACAACUUUUAAUCCUAUUAAAUAAAGCAACAUUACCAAGAUUACGUGUUUCAAUCAUAUGUACACUUUGGUCAUUGACAGGAAAUGAACGAAGUCGAAAACAAUCAAUGGCUUAUGCGAUGGGUGUUUCAACUUUAGUUGAAUUUUUAAAUUUAAAAACGAGUGAUCAAUUAUAUAUUGUACUUGAUGCUAUAAGUGAAUUAUUACGACGAAUACCAACAGAAAAUGAAAAUAUUCCAUUAAUUCUUGGUCGUCGACAUUGUAUACCACCCAUUGUUCGAUUAUUAGCAGUUGAUCAUGAACAAAAAUUACUUUUGAAAUCUAUGUUAAUGUCUUCUGCACCUACACAGUUAUUAACUAUUCACCAAACUGGACAAACAGCUCCAACAUCUAUAUCUCCAACAUUGUCUCCACUAACAUCAACUCCACCGCCAGCAACUCAAACUGACCCGUCACUAACUGAUAAUCCUGAAUAUUUAUCACAAUUAUUAAAAGAUAAACGACAACUAGCAGCAGUACCGAAUAUGUUUAUGCAUAUUGAACGAUUACUUGAUCAAGAAAUUAAUAAAGUUCGAGUGAAUCUAUUUAAUUUAAGUACACGUCCGAAGAUGGAAUUACCAGAACCAAAUGGAGAAAAGAAAAUUUUUCAAGAAAAAGUAUUUAUUCCGGUGCAACAACAUCCUGAAUUUAACUUCGUUGGUCGAAUAUUGGGUCCACGAGGUAUGACAGCCAAACAGCUUGAAGCUGAUACUGGUUGUAAAAUAAUGGUUCGAGGUCGAGGAUCAAUGAGAGAUAAACAAAAAGAAGAUCAAAAUCGUGGUAAAGCAAAUUGGGAGCAUUUAGAUGAAGAAUUACAUGUAUUAAUUCAAUGUGAAGAUCAUGAAAAUCGUGCAUUGGUUAAACUUGAACGAGCAAAAGAAGAAAUUAUGAAAUUAUUAAAACCAGCGGCUGAAGGUGAAGAUGAUUUGAAAAAGAAACAAUUAAUGGAAUUAGCUAUUAUUAAUGGUACAUAUCGUGAACCAAAUUUAUUCCAAAAGAAAUUACAACAAUUACAAUUUCAAAAUAAUCGAAUGCCUAUAGGCGCGCCAUUAAUAUUAACACCACGUAUGCAACAAAAUCUUCUUGCAGCACAAAUUCAACAAGGUUCAACACAAACAAUGUUUACAACUACAAAUGGGCAAGGACAACAAACAUUAACAGCUGUUCCACAAGGUUCACUUAUUCAGACUACAUCAGCAAAUGGUGAACAGAAUUUCGUUCAAGUAUUUGCACCAUUACAAACACUUGAUCAAAUGGGAGGAAUGAUUGCUGGUGGUGCACAAUUAUUCGAAUAUCCAACACAACUUGAUCCAAGUCAAGCAACUUUUCCGUUUCUGACCGCAACUACAAGUUCAAACCCAGCAGGUGUAGCUACUAGAUCAACAUCAAACAAUGCUACAGGAAACAUCACAUCAGGAGCUGCAGCCUCUUCUAUUUCCGCCCGUUAUCAACCUUACACAAUUCAACCACCUCGUUUAAAUCGAACUUAA